AUGUCUGACUCCGACUCCGGGUCCGUGCUACCUAUUCUCCCCCAGGCCGCCGGCUAUGGCGUCGUCGUCGGCAUUGGCUUUUUCUUUGCCCUCUUCAUGCUGGGAGUCACCUACCUACAGAAUCGAUACACCAAGUACAAUUCUAUGAUGAGCGAGGAGUUCAACACGGCCAGUCGAAGUAUAAAGUCCGGUCUCAUCGCUUGCGGAACGGUCUCUGCUUGGACUUGGGCGGCCACUCUCCUCCAAUCCUCCACCGUCACCUACCAGUAUGGCGUUUCAGGCCCGUUCUGGUACGCUGCCGGCGCCACGGUGCAAAUUUUCAUGUUCUCGGUCCUGGCUUGCAAGGUCAAGCAGAACGCACCCCGGGUUCACACCUAUCUCGAGAUCAUUCAAGCGCGCUACGGUACCGUUGCGCACUGCAUUUUCAUCUUCUUCGGCUUGAUGACCAACACUCUGGUGGCUAGUCAACUUCUGUUGGGUGGAAGCGCUGUUGUCACCAGUUUGACUGGUAUGAACGUGUAUGCAGCAGUCUGGCUCAUUCCGCUGGGAGUGGCGGCCUAUGUUAUUAUUGGUGGUCUGCGAGCAAGUUUCAUCUGCGACUACUCCCACACGCUCAUUGUCAUGGUGAUUAUCCUGUACUUCAUGUUUGAGGUUUUUACGGCCAACUCCCUCAUCGGGUCGCCCGGCAAACUCUACGACCUUUUGGUCGAAGCCAGCCGGAGCAGACCGGUUGCAGGAAACACUGACGGGUCAUACUUGACGCUCAAGUCUAACUUCGGCCUUAUCUUCGGUGUCAUCCAACUGUGCUCUGGAAUGGGUACUGUUUUCCUCGACCAAGGCUACUGGCAGCGAGCCAUUGCCAGCCGACCAACAGCCGCCGUCCCGGGCUACAUCAUGGGCGGCUUCGCCUGGUACGCCAUUCCAUUUGGAUUUGCGACAACCCUGGGUCUCACUGCCGUCGCUCUUACGGAUGACCCGUCUUUCCCCACGUACCCGAACGGAAUGUCUGCGACCGAAGUCUCAGCUGGUCUCUCUUCGGCUUUUGGAGCUGUCGCGAUCGCAGGAUCAAGCGGAUGUAUCGCCCUCUUGAUCACACUCUUCUUGGCUGUCACUUCGGCAUGCGCAUCUGAACUCAUUGCCGUCUCAUCCAUCCUGACUUUUGACAUCUACAAAAUGUAUGUCAAGCCAGAUGCCACACCCCAGGCCCUUAUCAACGUCUCACAUAUCAUGGUCGCUGCAUGUGCAGCUUGGAUGUCUAUCUGGGCUUGCAUCUGGAACGUUCUCGGCAUCAACCUCGGCUGGCUCUUCCUGGUCAUGGGUCUGCUCAUCGGAGGUGGCGUCAUGCCCGCAGCCUUCUCUAUCACAUGGAAAGGCCAAACCAAGCUCGCAGUGAUUGUUGCCCCCAUCGUGGGACUCUGCGCUGGACUCACAGCUUGGCUUGUCACGGCUAAGGUCUACCACGGCGAGAUCAACAUCACGACCACCGGUAACUCGUAUCCCACCUUGGCAGGAAACAUGGCCGGCUUCUUCACGGGUCUCAUUGUCACCGUUGCCAUUUCUCUCAUCAAGCCUGACAAGGAGAGGUUCAACUGGGCAGUUACUCGCAACAUCAACGCGCUUCACCUCGCCCCAGGCGCUGCCGCCUCAACCGUCGGCCCUACCGACACAGACGCAGUAACUGGAGAGAAGACAACUACCCCCAACACCAACUCGGAGCUCCCCACACCCGGCGACCAGAAACAGGUCCCGACCAGCAACAACAGCGACGACAGCGUCGGCGAGACACAAUCUCUCGACGCCGACGACCUCGAAGACCUCGCCACCAUGGAAGACCCCAAGAAACUGCGCCGCACCUACAUCAUGGCCCUCACGCUGGCCAUCGUCCUCUCCGUCUCCAUGGACUUCAUCAUCCCCAUCCCCAUGUUCCUCUCGCACUACAUCUACUCGAAGAAGUUCUUCACCUUCUACAUCGUCAUCGCCUUCUUCUGGGCCUUCAUCUCCUUCUUCAUCUGCAGUAUCCUGCCGAUCUGGGAGACGCGCCAUUUCUGGCGCACCGUGCCCGCGCUGGUGCGCGCCAAGAACAGCGCCAAGAAGCAGGGAGGAGCUUCGAGGCCGGCCACCGCAAGCUGA